AAGCGGAGAACUAGCAGUCAUAACGCGGAUGUGUAACUGAAGAUCGGACGAGGCUGUCUGUCUGUUAUAUAACCUACCUGGAUCGGACGGGAAAAUAAUUUUCGUAUCUUUUCGGAAACACUCAAGUCCCCACUCUGUACUGUUUCCUUGGUUUAUGGAUUGGGAAAUUGGUGCGAAGAUGAAGUUGAAGAUUAUCCUAACGCUGUUCUGUGUUUUUGGCACUGUUCUGGGCGAGAUUCACAAUCUUCAUUACAUUUACACCGCCCUUUCAAAGCCCAUCAGUCAACCAGGAGUCUAUCAGUUCGCCGCUAUGGGAAUUCUGGACGACAGGCCGAUUGACAUCUACAACAGCGAAGAAAAGGUCAAGAAGCCGUUGCAAACAUGGAUGAAAGAACAUAACGAGAAAGACUACUGGGAGAAAGGCACACAGUCCCGCAGGAGCAAGGAACAGUGGUUUGACGUCAACGUCAAAAUCCUGAUGGAACGCAUGCACCAGAACAAAUCAGAUGUCCAUAUUCUACAGUGGAUGCAUGGCUGCCGGGUGGAAAAGACAACUGAUGGCAAGCUGAAGUUUCAAGAGGGUUUUGACCAGUACGGCUAUGAUGGCGAGAACUUCCUGUCCUUCGACAGUGAGAACAUGGCGUGGGUGGCCCCUGUCCGCGCAGCUGAAUCCACCAAGAAGAAAUGGGACAACGUGCCUAUCCUCAGCCAGUACACCAAGGGUUAUCUACAGACGGACUGUGUGCACUGGCUGGAGAAAUUUCUGAAGUACCAAGAGCUAGAUUUCAAAACUUUCUCUCGUCCUGAGGUACAUCUUUUUUCAAAGAAGUCCACCAGCCCUGACUACCGCACCCUGGUGUGUUUGGCCACCGGAUUCUACCCCAAAGAUGUGUCGGUAAACAUCCUGAAGGACGGUGCGCCAUUGGCCGAAUCGGACGGGGUCGCCUCUUCGGGGGUGAGACCCAAUGGAGAGCAUAAGGAGACGUACCAGCUGAGGAAGUCGCUGGAGAUCAAGGCAUCAGACACCUCAAAGUACAGUUGCAGAAUCCACCACCGAACCCUGCAGAGUCCGAUCGAAGAAUCCUGGGAUGGAAAGUGCCAUAACUGUGACGGUGACAACACAGGCGCCAUUGUUGGUGGCGUUGUUGUUUUGCUCAUCGUCUUGGCGGCGGUGGCUGUGGGCCUGUACUUUCUGCGCAAGAAAAAUACUGAAAAGGAAAAAGCUGCCCAAGCUCAUGUGAAUGGACUGAACCAACCUCUGUGCCCAUUGGCAGUGAAUGGAAAUGGCCUAGUUUGUGAAUCUACAAUACCCAGUCCAGAAGUAAAAUCGGAGACAAAAGGAUCAAACGGCUCUUUGGGAUCAGAUGAUUCUGGGAAGGGGUCCGCUACCUCUGAUGGAUCCGAAGAAGAAGUGAAUGAGCCCUUGGUGCCCAAUGGCAAACAGCAGCCACAGCUUGAAGCCAUUAAAGUAGUGUGAUGGGUUUGGUCUGGUGGAAAAACACAUACCUCUGACCAUGACCUUUCUAUGCAAACCUGUUUUGAUCAGCAUUUUUUACCAUUUAAAUGAUUCUUUCUGAUAGCUGUAAGCUGUAUGCAGUAAAAUCAAAUCAUCCAGAAGCCACUCACCAAUAAUUCAGGAAGUUUUAACCUAAAAUUCAGAGUAAAAUGAAAUGGUGCAAUUGUACAGUGAGGUAGGUGCCAGUUAGACACCUAACCAGGUAGAAGAUCGACCUGACCACAUGUACAGCAUGAAAUAACAGCAAAUUGUACGGCUAUUUUACAGCUAUAGCAGUGCGCUUUUUAUAUUUCUUUUAAUGAUAUCAACUGACUGACUGACAGUCUAAGCAGUAAAUACUGCAUUACAUUAAGCUUAGAAUCUUCUCUUAAGCGUCAAGUUGCUUAGUACACAAUGGGCCUCAUUCACAAAACUUUUCUUAAAUUAUCGUUACUUUUGUUCUUUAAAAUGUUCCUAUAUGGGAUUCAUGACACAUUUCUGUGAAUAUCCGAGAUAAUGAAUGUGUACGAGAUAAUGAAUGCUGACUGUUUUUAAAUUUUAUGUGCAACCCAGUUCGUGUGCUUAGCAUAAGGAAACAGCCAUGAACACAGAUAAGAAAAAAAUUAUGAUCAAUUGUGAUCGUACACGUUUCGUGAAUGAGGUCCACUGUGUCCUUGGAAGUGUGAGGAGAGAGAAUAGAAAGAAAUAUUUUAAUGUUUGGGGUUCAAGGUAACUCUUGAAUUUUUGUGUUCUUAGCAGCCUUUUCAUUAUUCUAUCACAAGUAGUUACUAGUUUCCUGGCAAUUAGCAAAAUAAGUUGUGAAUGAUUUAAUUAUGAAAUUCUGCUCAAUGAAUUUGUAUUUAGGUAAGGAUUUAAAUAGAAAUUGAUUGCAAUCUUGUUUCAGCCAUGUGGACUACAAACAGGUGUGUAAAUCAAAGUGAUUACGCAACUAUGCUCAGAAAAUAUGUAUUAAAAGUAAUAAUGUUUUCUAGGGAAGGUAUAUUACUUUUUUAAUUUGUUCCAGAAAUUAAGUACUAAAUUAAUACCUGACCUGAAGAUAGCGUAAUUGGCUCUUAUUGGUAGUUCCUCACCUGUUAGCUUGUAUACUGGUGGAAUGGAGUUUGGUCUUAGAAAGCCAUCAGAACAUGGCACCAUUUCACUCAGAGAGGAAAUAAGUAAACACCUGUGAAUCUUGUAGUCUCAUCUAAGUAAAAUCAUUUGAGUGCAGUUCUUUUCUGAAUAUGCUCAUUAUAUUGUGUUUUCAACCACUUAGUUUGCUGCAGAAGCAGCUUAUGAAUUUUGGCACAUUGCUUGUUGCAUUUAAUACUGAAGACUUCUGUCAAAAGGGGAUAUUUCUCCGGUGUGAUUUCCACUAUCCCUUUCCUUUAAAAUUAACUUUGAAACCGACUAUUGUGACUAUUCACAAACAAGUUGUACAGAUUAAACUUACUAUUUGAUGUUUACCUUUAUGUUUAAUAAAUCUUUAUUAAAGUGAAA